AUGGAUUCUCCGGGCAUAGCAAAGCCCGUCCCGGCUCAUGACCCGAGGCUGUCGACUAUCUCAACUGGGUCGAGCCUUUUUGAACCCUCCUGGGCUCGCAAUGCAUCUCAAAAGGAACAGAGCCAGUUUGAUUUCAGCAGCCGCAACAGCUCAACUGUCGAGAUCAACAAGCUGAGUCGUAUCGAAACUUGCCCUCCGUCCUACGAAUCAUACGAAAUGCAAGCGCAAGCUCAAGCAAAAGAAGGCGCUCUCUACCGAGAUGGCCACCUCGUUCUUCAGCCCGCCCCGACUAAGGACCCACGAGAUCCCCUCAACCUGCCUCUAUCACGGAAACUCCUAGGAUGCUUCUGUCUUUGCUUCUUCGGCGCGCUGGCCGCAGCCGCUGAGUUGAUCUUGGGAGCUAUGUUGCCCGUCUUCGCCCUCGAGUACACCGGUCUUGACCCCAAAAUCCUCAAAGACUUGACGAAGAGCGGUGGUCUCCCGGCCGGAACGGAUCCUUUGGUUAUCCUGUCAAGCUUCCCAGGAGCGCCGCCAAUCUUGCACGUCUACCUGCUCGCUUCCCUUCCGGUUUUGAUCAUCGGAUUGUCCAACCUCGUUCUGGUUCCCAUGGCUAUCUCCGUCGGCCGUCGCCCAGUUGUUCUGGCCACCGGCGUUCUGGCUGUCCUCGGAGCCGUGUGGGCCGGAAACAGUCGAUCUCUGCCGUCCCACUUGCUCGCUCGCUGCGUCCAAGCCGUCGGUGCUGGAACUGUUGAGAGCUUGAUCCCGUUCAUCAUCCAAGACAUCGUCUAUGUGCACCAGCGCAACUUGUGGAUUUCAGCAAUCUUCGCUGCCCAAGGUCUCAUCAUCAUUAUCUUGGGUAUUGCAGCGCCAUACAUCAUCAUCGACCUGAGUUGGCGCUGGAUGUACUUCAUCACGGCCAUUGGGGCGUCCAUCUUCCUCGUGGGCGUGUAUCUUUUCAUGCCGGAAACUCGGUGGGAACGAUCUCGCGCAGAGAUGAAUGGUGUUCCUCGCAAUGAGAUGGAUUAUGAGAAAGCCCCGAGAACCUUCCGCUACAACAUUGCCCUCAUCCACGGCAAGAUGGAGUGGCGCAAGGGCUGGAAUGCCUUUGUUGACACCCUUCGCACCUUUUUCUACCCGCAAAUCUUCUUCAUCACUAUGCUCAACAGUGUGAUGAUUGCAUGCGCGUUCGCUGCCGGUUACACCAUUGCACCCGCACUGCUGACCGCCCCUUGGUCUUGGGACUUCAUGAAUCUUGGCCUUUGCCUUCUGCCGGUUCUUUUGGCGGCCAUUGCUGUUGUCUUCGUCACUGGAAGUGCUGCCGACUGGAUGGCCAACCGCAUUGCCAAGAAGCGCGGUGUUCGUGUGCCCGAGAACCAGCUCGUCAACCUGAUCAUCCCGACUCUGGCAGGUCUCAUUGGAUCAAUCAUCUUCGGCCUGGCUGGUUCCAAUCCAGCGAACUAUUCAUACUACACUUUCCUCGCUGGUCUCGGUCUGAUGGCGUUCGGCUUUUUGGGAGCCAACUCCAUUGGCGCGGUCUACGUGUUGGAGUGUUACCCUCAUCUUGCGGGCCCGGCUCUGGUGAACAUUGCCUCAUUCAGAGCCCUGUUGGCUUUCAUUCUCUCAUUCAAGAUUUCUGACUGGGUUGUUGAAUUGGGCUACCUCGGCGCCAUGAUGAUCUACACUGGGCUCAUCGGUGCGUUUGCCAUUUCACUUCCUAUCGUUUACCACUACGGUCCAGCUUGGAGGAGGAGAUGGCCCGCGGAGCAUUUCGGUGACAAAUGA